AUGUGGAACCGCAGGGUCCAACCAAUCGGCGACCUGGCUCUUGAUAGUGCAGGAUGUUCGAGGGCGAAGCUACCAGAAGACGUUUCCUCCGAGGAAUUAAGCAGAUUGAUUUUGAGUCAUCCGUGGACCCAGCUCUGGAUUACAGACCAUGUGCAGAGGCCCUUGCCCAUCCACGAUUUCUCUGAAUCGCAAUCAUCUUCGUUCCUCCAUUAUCUAUGUUUGUGCUUCCCUAAAAUAAGGGACAUGUGGUAA